AUGUCGCUGCCGAGUCGGUGGAAAAGUUCUUCGUCGACCGGAAGCCAUACUUACAGACCGUCGACAAUGUUCCUGCUACUCAUUCUGCUCGCUCUCGUCCAGUAUUCGAUGGCUCAAGCGUCUUCUGCGACUUGCUACACUCCAAGCGGGAAUAUCUCAGCCGGUGAUCGUCCUUGCAAUUCUUCUGCCGAAGUAUCAGCAUGCUGUGCGCCAGACGCGCUAUGCUUGAGCAGUGGCCUCUGCUUCCGCUCGAACCGUCUGUCGCGGGGCAGCUGCACAGAUCGGAGCUGGGGUGACAACUGUGCUGCAUACUGUCGAGAUGCCAAUCCAGGAGGGGGUAUGCCGAUCUCAGCCUGCGAUGUUGCAGGCAACUUUGCGUGCGACAUUGCCCCACAGGCUUCUCGGGCCUGUGCCAACGGCAACACUUUCAAGAUCAAUGAACCAUUUGCUAUCAUGCUUCGGCCUGAGCAGACAUUGCAAUUGGGCUAUACUGGAGGCUUAGAAGUCUUUCCGAGCAGUAAUCUUACGUCAAACAUCACAUCGAAUGCCACAGCGAGCACGCGCCCUCCGGGUUCGGGUCCUCCUCCUGCUGUCAUACAGCAGUGGUGUUCAGGAUUAUCCAGCAAGAAGUACACGGCUGGAGCAAUGGCAGGCGUAGGAGCUGGAGUUGGGAUACCUCUUCUGCUAGCACUCGUCGCAGCGCUGUGGUAUAUCAAAAAGCUACGAGGACAGCAGCAGCAGCGUUUCGUAGACCCUGCACCGCAAUACGUGCAAGAGACUGCAAUUGAACCGGGAUAUGAAGACAAUAAGCCAUACAAGGCAGAAGCUCACCCCUAUGAGAUGGGCACCGAAGAUGGGAGGAGAGAGUUAGAGUAGAGCGCUAAUGAAUGUAGUCGGGACCUGGCGAGACAGGGA